AUGGAACCAGUUCUUUUUCCACUUAUUUAUUCAAGAUCAGCUCAAAUGUUACCCAAACAAACCUCUGCCACAACUUAUGUCAGCUUCUCAGAGGAACGAUCGAAUGGCCACUUGGCAGCUUCUGAGAAAGCUAAGCGAGUUUCGAUACCAGUAAGUAAUCUGAAGCUUGCACACAAUCGUCUUGAUUCGGGGGCCGCUAAUGAAGCUCUGGCAGAGGCAGUGCUUGCGGCAGCUUGCAAACCCCCGCCUAGCUUGCCCUCAUUAACAGAAGACGAGGCGGAAGAGGUGAUAAUGGCUAGCGCCAAUGGCACUGGAGUUCGACUUGGUUUAUUUAUCACUGAGACUCUAGCUACUCGAUAUAAAGGGCGUGCUGGUGCUGGUCCAUUAUCAGUUGGAAUUCCAAACAUGGAAAGUGCUGUCUUACAAUAUACAGCAUCUACAUCUCCGGUAUUGAAGAACAAAGUUCAUUCUGGCCGAGAGUCGAACUUACAGCUUAAUUUUAAUAAACCAGACAGAGCAGAAAAGGUGGAAAGCUCUCAAAAGGUGGAAUGUAGCCAGUAUGGCGCAAGGAUGGAGUUCUCUUCGCCAGGAAAUAAAAACAUCCUUCUUGACUCAAUGAGCCCUGAGGAGCGUAUGCAGAAGCGCCGCGAUCAGCUCCGUCGAAGUACUAAUGCAACCGCAGCAGCGGCACAUGCCAGCGCAGGCGGGAUGGGUGAGCAUGAUGGUUCCGGAGGAAAAGUUGGGGCUGAAGGUGUGGUUACACCACGGUUAGCACCUCCACCUCCGGUUAAACAAGCUAAUUUAGCUCAAAACAUUGUACAUUCAGACGAGAUUUGGUUUAUAGAGCGGAUAAUGAGAGCAUUGACGCUGAUACUUGUUCUAUUCACACUACCCUUAUCGCUUAUUUUCUGCCUUAAGGUAAGAAUAAAAACUUAA